AUGCCACCAGAGACCAUAAUUUUCACCGGUAAACAAGUUCUCCUGCUGCAGAAGUGGGAAUAUGAAGUUGAGCCACCUCAUGCACUCAUCACUGCGACUGCUGCAGGAAACCGGCUUUACUUGUUCAACGUCGCUGCAAAUGGUCUUCAGUGGAAGAGACAUUACCCGGAGUUGAAGAAGAUAGCUGACUCGUUUCGUGUUGUUUAGUCAGUAGCUUGUUAGAUCUUUGUACAAUCAGAAGAAGAGUUCGAAAGGGUAUUUCGAAUCUCUUGGUGUUCUCGUCGUGGAAACAAUCGAGAGGCCAGAAUGUACGGUGCUUAGUAAAGAGUAUGCAAGUUGACAUACUAUCUGAUACUACAUGCUAGCAAUCCUCUUCAUGGUAACUUUGUAGCAAG